GCAAUCGUCCUGGUCGGCUCAGACGUGGAUGCUCAAGCCACGCCCUGUGAAAAGUAUCUGCUGCAGACAUGGCCAUCGACAGGGCAAGACACCAUGCAGUGCUUUGUGGAGUGCCUCUGCAGCAACGUAUCUCGGGUAGACUUCUCCCAAUUUCCAGAUUCUUCCCUUGAACUGCGAAUCGAGGAUCGCAAAUUAGUGGGCAAGAUACAUGGAACCAAGUCUCUCGUGUGCGACAUUUGUGAGCAACUGGCAUGGCUCGGCGCAGCGUUGCGGGAGAAUCCCAACUCAUCAGAGGCUCUCUGCUUCUCGGAGCCGAUGAUCCAGACGUCAGAUCCAGCUUCUGAAGCAAGGAACCUGCCACACAACGUCACCUACAGCUUUCAGGUCAACUACUUGUUCAGAGACUUUGAUCCAGACACCAAGCCCACCUAUGGUCAAUGCUGGCAUGGUCUCUUUCGCAAUGCAGUUGUGGCGCCCGGCUAUCCGAUCCCCGAGCGUUCGGAGUACGACAGGCGCGGGCUUGGACUUGAAAUCACAUUGCCGAUGAUGGCUAGUCUAACCAAAGCACAGUUCUUGAAUUCGUUCCAUAAGACACCCAUGAUCAAAAGCUUCAGUUCUCUGUUAUAUCCGACACGGCAGGAACAUAAUUCCAUGACCUGGCAUCUCAUUUACAACGUCGACGCGAAAUACAUGUCAUUUGCGAGGGGAUUGUCGUGUUUUGCGCCUUCCUUCGAUCUGCGGCGCCUUCAAACUGGCCACCGCCAUUUUCUCGGGUGGUGCAGAGACGCACGGCUAUUCGCAGAAGCUUUAGACGCAGAAUACUCGGUCAAGUACUCAUUGCUUCCGGAAGUCAAUGAAGAUUGCCUUCUCUAUGGCGCAAUUGUGGAGCGCGGCAGACUUGUCGGAGUGGAACCAUUCCAGAUCGGUACCAAAGACACUCCAGCUCACCUCAGCCGCUCCGAUCAAGAUGAACAUCGACGACGCUUGCAGUGGCUCCACAGCCAGAAGGUGACCUUCUGGGACGAGGAGGAGAAAACGGGCUGGCUUGUAGACGGCGUUAGUGCUCUGCUACAUCUCCUCCGUGCCUGGAUCGAGCAUGUGAGAGCCAGCGACUUUGGGCCGUACUUUCUCCUGAAGCCCGAAUGUUUCGUCGAGGCCAAGGUUCCCUAUACGACAAAGUCCGCUGUUGAUCUUCUCAUGCAUGAGGAGAAUCUGAAGCUGCAACUCUAUCACAACGAGAAGACCACCCUCAAGGACCAGCUCAACCGUUUUUGCAAUCACCUUGAGCAAAUGAUAGCGUAUCACGACGCAAAUAGCCAUCCAUGCGCCUCAGCUCACGCAGAGCGUACCGACAACUUGGAAGGUUGGGAAUUCUCUCAAUUCGUGGAAGAACAGGAUCCUCUAAGACCCAGCUUUGCGACCCUUCCCGUGGAGGGGAGGCAGUUGGCGGAUUUCCAACGAAGUACAGGUGGUGUCGUUUUCCUGGGACGAGGCUUUGGAAGGCUGAUCCAGCGUCCAGAACCACCUCAAAGCCACGAUUCAGAUGGGAUGGGGAGUUCAUGCCCUUCGUUCCAAGUUCCGCAGCAUUCUUACUAUCUUACGGCUCUGGCCAGCGACGUCCAAGACCUUGGCCGAACGCUUUACAUAAAGACGGAGACUUACACAAUCCCGACCGGAAGGUGUUUGAGCCUUGUUGCUGUUCACAUCUCAGAUGAACGACAGUCUGGCAGAUCACACGGAGCAUGAUUGUUACGUACAAGUCUCGCUCCCGAGAGGUGUCUCGCAGGAUUUUCCACUUAGGGAACACAUCAGCAGAGGUCCAGCAUAAAGGAGGUUUCAGUCAUGCAAAGACUUCGGGGAUCCCAAAAUGGGAGAUCUGCACAUGACGGGGGAUUCUCGCUCUGACAGCCGAUAUGCAACUUCCGCCGAGACCUCAUCGAACGAAACAGAGAUCGAGCCAGAGGUUGGCAUUAUGUGCCUUAC